AUGGCGAUGCAGAAAUUAAAUACUGACACACCCAAAAGAUUGAAACGAUACAGAGGCCUACGAGACGAUGUGGAAGCUGAAUUAAGCGACCAUAUGAGCUCUAAACUAAAGAUCGCACACCCAAACAGGCCUGCAUUGUAUGAUUUUCAGUGUGUCAUUUUUUACCAGAGACAAGUCUUGCAGUUCCAGCUAUCUGAUGUCUUUUCGGGUGGAAACUAUGCUGUGGUGUUCUUUUGUGGCUAUGAUUUCACGGAACAGUCAAGAAGUGAUUUAAUGCAGAUAGAAAAACACUACCAUGAUUUUGUAAAGCUCGGUGCCAUACCCAUUGUCAUGACGCAUGACCGAGUUGGAAUACACAACAUGUAUGCCACACCCAAUGCCACACCUACAAGCUUGGACUUUCUGCCUUCAUUUAUCAUGGCAUCGGACACUCCCAGUAGAUCAAUCUCGCAAACAUUCAAGUCAGUCACAGAUAAAAGCGAGAUGCAGCGAUCAGUUAUCAUCAUGGACAACAACCUGAAUGUCUUGUUUACUCAACGUGUGCCUGGCAACUCUGACUUUCCCAUGGAAUACCUCUUAAAUGGACUUCAACAAAAAUAA